AUGUCAUCCACAUGGUCUCUAACAAGUUCACUAGCAACAACAGAACAAACGCGUAUUCAAUCAAGCGAAACAUCAACUCUCGGUACAAACAUAACUACAUUAGUAACAGAAAUCCUAACAACACCGAGUGAUAUCUACGAUCCACGUCUAACACGACCCUUUGCAAUCAUCUGUUUGUUUAUCGGCAGUAUUGGAAAUUCGUUGUCAUUCAUCGUUUUCACUCAAAAACAAUUGCGAACACAUUCAACAUUUCGUUAUUUAGCAUAUCUUUCGAUUGUUGAUCUAAUCGUUAUCUACUUAGGCUUAGGCCAUUUGAUCUUACGAGACUAUUUCCACUUAGAUAUUCGUGAACGAAGUUUAUUUCUUUGUAAAUUUCAUACAUUUCUCACCUAUGCCACCACACAUCUUUCGUCAUGGAUACUAACGAUUGUUUCGAUCGAUCGUGCUAUCGCAUGCACUGUCAUCCGAUUGAACAAACGUUUCUGUCGUCCAAAAUCAGCCGACCGAAUAUUCGUAGCAAUGUGUAUAGUCAUCGCGUUAAUCAACAGUCAUAUUCUUUUCUUCAUGGGUUCAAAGCAGACAGUGGUUCGUUCAACCGGUAGCAAUGUUUCUUUACAUCAACAAGUUAUUAUUUGUACACAUAAUACAUCGGAAGUGUAUUUUCACUUUUUCGAAAAGCCGUACAGCAUCAUUGAUCUCUUUUCGUAUGUGCUGAUUCCGUUUCUAAUCAUGACAGUCUGCGCAGGAAUUAUUGCUUAUCGUCUCUUUUUUUCUUUGAGUAAAACCCAAUUGACAAAUGCAUCCAAAAAGAAAACUCGCAAGGGCACGCGUCGUGCCAAACAAAUCUCUUAUAUGUUAUUAAUAUUAAAUCUUGUUUUUGUUAUUCUUCUCGCGCCUAUUGUCGUUGGACAAGUUUUUCAAGAACUUAAUCAAGAACAUCAUUAUCGUUUAUAUAAUUCAAUCACAUUAGUGUUGUCCUAUUCAAAUCAUGCAUUGAAUUUCGUUCUCUAUGGCAUCGCUUCACCACAAUUCCGUUUAACGCUGCGUCAACUGUUAGGCUUGGGAAAUAUCAAUACCACUCAAAGACGUUUUCAAACAUUCGGCUUUUUUACUUCAACCGGUUUGUGA